AUGCUUGGAGCCAAAUAUCCUAAGCCAAAUAUCCUGAGGGAAUAUCCUAAGCCAAAUAUCCUGAGACAAUUUCCUAAGCCAAAUAUCCUGAGACAAUUUCCUAAGCCAAAUAUCCUGAGACAAUUUCCUAAGGCAAAUAUCCUGAGUCCUGAGACAAUACCUGAGCCAAAUAUCUAA